UCUCUCACUGCGCCAGACGGCAGAUCCUCUCAACGUGACUCUCACGAUGAGGAGUUGGGCAGCUCUUUGCGUGUUGACAUGCAUCCUAUAUCAGGCUGUUCCUUGGACUGAGGCGAAGUCUGUACAGGGUACCAGGAGAAAUACUCGUGAUGCCAGUGACCCACCAGCCAUCGAGUGCAAGAUGAGUGCAUGGUCUGACUGGAGCCCCUGUGACCCCUGCACUAAGACCAAGUAUCGCUCCAGAAGUAUUGAAACAUUUGGUCAGUUUGGUGCCCGUCCAUGCAUGGAGCCUAUUGGUGAUCGAGAACCGUGUGUUAGUACAGCUAACUGUGAGGAGGAACCGAAACCUGUCUGCACCAGCUCAGACUUCAAGUGCGACUCAGGGAUGUGUAUAAAGAAACGUUUGGUGUGUAACGUUGAUGAAGACUGUGAUGAUGGCUCAGAUGAAUGGGACUGUGAAAAAGAGAGGUCUCCAUGUGGGAACCAAAACUUACUUUUGUCUUUUGCAGCCAGUGAGGCUGGAGAAGGCAUAAACAUCCUGGGCUCUGGAGCUCGCAUGAAUCCUUUUAAUAACAACAACUUCAAUGGCCAAUGUUCCCGUGUGAGAGAUCCUGACACGUUGGAGUUUGAGAGGUUGCCAUGGAAUGUCGGCGUCCUCCACUAUGAUUCAAAAGCGGAAGAGCGGAUCUCAAAAGACAUCUAUGAAGAAACCCACUCUCUGAUUAGAGAGGUCACAGAAGACUCUACUUUUAAGAUAGGAGUGGGAUUGUCCUUCAAGUUUUCAUUGCCUGAGAUUCCAGUUGGUGGUGCGACCGUGUCAGGCUCAGUCUCUCCAGGCGUAGACUUCGAUUACGAAAAGAAAAAUAUGAUAAAAAAAAUCACAGAACACAGCACAACCAAGAGUAAAAGUUUCAUACGGGUGAAAGGCCAAGUCCAGGUGGGCACAUACAGAAUGAGAUCACGAGGCCUGAUGCUGAAAGAGGUUUUCCUGGAUGACGUAAAGCACCUGCCCAAGGAAUACGAGAAGGGCAGGUAUUUCCGCUUCAUGGAGGAUUAUGGCACACACUACACCAUGAACGCAAGGACUGGUGGAGAGUAUGAACUCGUCUACGUCAUGAACUCAGAAGUACUCAAGACAAAAGCUAUCACAGAGAAGAUGCUGUCAGACUGUCUGAAGGUUGGAAUUUCACUUGGGCAUGACAUUACCGCUGGAGUUAAAGACAUAGGAAACUUUGGAAUCAGUGGCGACCUAAGCGUCAAACCAGAGUUCUGCAAAAGUGUGACAAACAAAGAUGAAGUUGGGGAUGAAAAAAAACCUCUGAUUGAAGAUAUUAUAACUGCUGUGAGGGGGGGGACACCUCAGUCAAUAGCGGCAAUGAAAAGUCAGAUUUCAAAGGAUGGGAUCCUGGAUUUCACCCACUAUGUUGAUUGGGCAAAGAGCCUUGGUGUCAAACCAACGAUUAUACACAGUGAGCCGGAACCUAUCUAUAACCUCAUUCCUCUGGAUAUGGACGGAGCUCAGGAGCGCAGGACAAACCUGCGACGGGCUCUGGAUGACUACGUGGCAGAGUACAGUGUGUGUAAGUGCCAGCCUUGUCAGAAUGGUGGCACCGUCUCCCUAGUCGACGGCAAGUGUGUGUGUCUCUGUCCAAAGGAGUUUGAGGGCAUAGCCUGCCAGAAUUUACGUGCUGACCUGAUUAAAGAUCGAAUUGGAACUGUCUUUCAGUUGGGGAACUGGGCUUGUUGGUCUGGCUGGUCGUCAUGCAGUGGAGGCAAACGCACACGCACACGAACCUGCAACACACAGGGGCUCGUGGGUGCAUCUUGCAAGGGAGACACACAAAGUGAAGACUACUGCUGAAACACACAGAACAUACACAAAUCCUUUACUGACAUGCUAAUGCACAAGCAGUACAUUAAAAGCUGGUACACACAUCUUCAUCUGUGUCCAUCACUGUUUUCAUUCAUGUGUUUUACAACCGUGUGCAUGUGCAUAUGUUCAGAGCCAAUGUGUGCCAAGCAUAUCAGAAUUCAUGAUCAAACCCUCUUGGUUCAUGACAUUGUAUUAACCAUGAUUACCAAAGCAAAAAACUGGUCUUGGAUCAGCAGUCUCUUCUUCUUCUUCUGAGAAAAGUAGCGCAUGUUUGGCAUUUGGACCUCAGUUUGAUGUACUUUAUAGGGUGAUUUAAUUCAAAUGAUUAGCUGUCAGUCCAUGUAUUGCACAUUUCUGAAGAUAUGCUAAUAUAUCUCUACAUAUAUGCUUUAUAUGUCUUUAACUCUCGCUAAUAACAUUUCAAUAAAAUGCGUCAUUCUUCUUCUU